AUGAAGAAUCAUUUGCCAUCAUCAUCCACUUCCCAUUCCUCUGGAAAGAGUACAUCUACUACAACGAGCUCCAACAAACAGCAGCCUAGUACCAACAAUGGUGCUGCUUUAAGCCAAUUAUUCAAACAAUAUGGUUAUUACUCUACGUGCAAUAGCAAUGCUGUAAGAGUCUUGCUUCAAAAGCACGGAGCCAUCUCUGAUCAUCAAAUGGCUCAAUUGUUGGGCAUGAUGGCCAUGUUCAAAACAGGCUUGAAUACUCCCUCUCUUGAUCUGUUGGAACAAUUGGAUCAUGGAAUUACCAAAAUGAAAAGUAUGACAGAGGGUUCCAAAGGAGAGGACGUUGCUGUUACCUGUUCAUCUUUGGAGGACAUGCCAGCUCCAACCACAUGGAACUUGUCCUGUUUUUCUGAAGUGCUCAAGGAGAAAAAAUUGAAGCUUAAAUGGAAAGAUAUCAUUCGGAGAUUGGACUAUGACAAGUUGAAAAUUCAGAAUGUGAAAAGCUUGGAAUUGAUUGUUAAGGUUCACAAAGAUGUAGUGGGUGUCAAGAUGCCGAUAUCAUACUUAUUGAAUGAGAAGUGGAAUAACCAAGAAGCUCAACUACAAUUAGUGAGAUUGGCCUUAGAAGGAAGAACCUCCAAACAAACUCCGUUGAAUGAUCUCAUUGAUUACAAUGUGAAAAAUGUGGAUAACUUGAGCGAAUUCAUUUCUGAUCACUUGGUUCAAAAGUUAAAGGAAAUUAAUUCUGCAACUGUUCAACAGUGA